AGAGAAGCGCAUGUCCGUGGGGCUGAAUUCUCUUGUGGACUUGAUUUCUUCGUGUAGCACUGGGAUCUGUUGCCAGUGGUGCACGAUUUGGAGUUGCUGUAGGUUGCUUGCAACCUCCAGUGGUGGUUUGAUGAUUUGAUUUCCAGUUUCUUGUUUUCUGUUCGUUCGGAAAACUUGAAAUUUUAAGCUUUGUGCUCGUAAGGUUCGUAUGGGUUUCGUGACCUCAGCCCUGGAUUCUCUAUAGGAUUGUGGCUGUGGGUGGUGGACUUUGGAAUUGGAGUGAGUGCAAUCCCAGUUCUCUCUGGUAUUGGAGCUUCUGGCUGUGAGUUGUUCUGCCGCUUCAGAUCUUCUUCUCCUUGGCGCUUGGUUAUGGACAAAGUCAGAUCUGGUGUUUUGUUGUUUUAAUGAAAGAUUAAGAUGAAAGAUUCACUCUAAAUGAAAAUGGAUUCUGCUACGGCUUAUGUCUUUUAGGGUUUUGAUUUUGGUUCGAAGUUUCAGUGGAGAGUGAUUUCAGGUUGUUUGAAAUUCAAAGGCUGCCUGGGUCAUUGGUCUGUGCGCUCCAGUUACUGUUUCGGGUCAGAGCUGUCGUGUUAGAGCCCAUUUGUCUCUGCGAGGAUCUGUGCAGAGUGACUUCGCCUCUGUAAAGUCUGUCACGUGCUUCCGUGCUGGCCACUCCUUCCCUGCAGCAGUUAAGUGCUGUCAGGCUUCACUGUUGCUCACCAGUUUCAAUUUCCUUGGGUUGCUGUGUGCAGGUGACUGCCAUGUGCUUCUGUUUGGUGUUGGUUUCUCCUUCCUGCAGUAUCACGUUACUUAUUCUUCGUGUCAGCCGUUGUGCGUGUCACUGUGCACUGGUGGCUGCCACGUACUCUGCUUCACGUGCAUGCAUGCUUCGUGAUUGAUUUAUCUGUGUGAAGAUGGGUCUUCGUGGUACUUCUAAGGCUUCUGGAAUUCUGGAUCUGAAAAAUGGAAACCGUUUCUCACCACUGAAGGAGAAGGUCCCCUCCUUGGAUGAAUUUGAAACGGAAACGGACUCGGAUGGUGGUUGUGAACAGCUUUCAAGGAAAACAAAUCUGGACCCUGAAUUGGAGGAGAUUGAAGAUGCUUAGACAUUUAUUGAAAUUAAAGGAGGCAAUCGGAAUGUGUGGGUAGAAAAGGAUUUUUCUGAAAUUAUGGCUGAAUUCAAUAGACUAGCUAUAAUGAUGAUCUUAAGGUUUAAUGGUGAAAAAAAGGAUGUGCAGGUGGAUGGUGAGGCUGAGAUUGGAAAGUGCACUGGAGGUGCUCAACCUUGUGUGUCAGGUGCUGACCCACUUGCUGCAGGUUGCUCUAGUAAGUCCAAAGGUGGAGAGAAAGAGUUCUACAUGAAAGGGGAUAAGAAGGUUCCAUGGGCUCAACUCUUUGCUGAGAACAGACACCAAGAAAAUUGUGGUGCUCUCCUGGUCUUUGAUUCAGGUGGUGAUGAAGCACUUAUUGAAGAUAAAGAUUUGGUCGACCCUGAAGAGAAGUGGAAAUUUUUCUUGGUGGGCUUCUUUGCAGGCAAAUUUCCAGGAAAAGGUGCCCUUAAUGCAAUUGUUGAAUCCUGGCACGUUAAGGCUGAGAUUUUUCAUCAUAAGAGUGGCUGGAUUAUUUUAAGAUUUUUCAGAGAAGAGGACAUGAUUCAGGUGUUGCUCAGUGGUCCUUAUCAUGCAUUUGGUCGGCCUUUGUUCCUUAAAAGAUUACCAAACAUUUUUCAGUUCAACAAUGAGGAAUUGAGCAUUUUGCCGAUUUGGGUUCAGUUGGAAAAUCUUCCUCUUGAAUUCUGGACCUUGAAUGCUCCUGGGAAGAUUUGUUCUGUUUUGGCACGUCUGGUGCAUGCGGAUAAAUUGGCUGCCAACAGGGAAAGUAUAUCCUUUGCCAGGGCAUUGGUAGAAAUUGAUGUUGCUAAAGAAUUGAAGAGUUGUGUGAAAAUCCGUUUGCCCGAUGGUCGGUCUUUUAUUCAAAGGGUAUCUUAUGAGAAUGUGCCUAAAUUCUGUAUGUCCUGCAAUAUGCUUGGUCAUGCUGUGGGGAAUUGCAAGAAUAAGAUUGAGCAAGAACAGAAGAAAGGAAAGAAGAAGAAAGAUCCUGCUUCUAUGGACGGGUCACUGAAUGUUUGCCUGGACUCUUGUAAGGCCGUUGAUGACCAAAUGAAAGCAGUGGUUGACGGUGGAAAGAGUACAAGCGCUGGUGAUGGCCCUAAUAAUGCAGGGUCUAAAGAAACAAAAAAGACUAUCACUACGCCUUCCAUGCAGGGUGUGAAGGAAAAUGGAAAGAAAUUGGAUACUGGUAAGGUCUCCCUUCCUAAUUCGGAAAAUCAUGGUGUUGAUGUUGCUGAAAGGAUUAAAGGCACAGGACAUGCUUCCCUUGUGACUAUGGAAAAUGGAUGGAUGGUUGUUCAACCUGUGAAAAGUAAGAUCAGGAAUAAGGGUUCUAGGCCUCCUUGAGGUCUGAUUAUCUCGCGUUCCCUUGGAUUCCUGGGUAUGCCCAGUUUUGAAUGUAUUUGCUUCUAGGUUUUUCCUAGUUUUUGUGCCCUGGAUAUGCCCAGGUUUGAUUGUACUUGCUUCUAGGUGUUCCUAGUUUUGAUGCUUCUUGUUUCGAUUGGGAGCUUUGGCCUCCCUGCUCGGUGUAUGUUUGGAGUUUUCUGUACAUAUUCCAUUUUGAUCUAUAAAAUUUACCUUUACCGAUCAAAAAAAAAAGGAAGAC